UAGAAUUUGAAUUUUGUAUGUAAGACCAACAUAAAAUAGUACUGGUUUCACUAUGUAUAUGGCAACUGCCAUCUCGGCCCUACGACACGGAGACGUCGCACUCUCCCAUGACAAAACCUUCGUCACCAUUACACCACCCCCGCCAAGGGCAAGCAGCAUCGCAUCGUGUGGAGUUCAGCGCAACUUUGUUGCGCUAGACGUACGCUGUAAGCACUGCCCUGCGCAGAGUUCACUGGCCCUGGAUAGACAAGAAGCCCUCUGAAGGGCGACAUUGAAGCGCCAUGCCAUGGUGCUUGCCCUGGCCCAAUAAUGUCGCCGAACGUGUGAGAUGCCAACGCUGCUUUACGUCGACUUGUGUUCCAUGAUGCUGUGACUCCAUCCGAGGAGCCGUCUAAGUCAGGUGGGCCCUGGCGCUUCAUCGAACGCAGAACUUCUUGGCGCGACACGUUUGCAGCACCACUUACAUACUUUCGAGUGGCGGAUGGGAUUGCCACUGUCCAUGAUAUUGGUAAACGUAUGCGGAAUUACGUGUCUCGGUACGAUGUCUGCCGCCCCUCGGCCACUAUAAAUAGACCACGACUCGCGUCGUCGUGUGUUAGUGAGAAUCAUAGGGCAAUGGGGGACAGCAUCGAAUCGUUCCGUCUUGCGGCGGAGCGAGCGCUUCGAGACCAACGCGUGCAAUUCGACAUGAAACAGCGAGAGGAAGACUUGGUGCGCCUGCAGGCUGAAAACGCAGACAUGAAAGCCAAAAUGAAGGAAUUGAAAGCGUCCAUGGAUGCCAACAUCGAAGACAGGGAACGCGUCAUUCUGUACAAGGUCAAGCGGAUCGAUGAGUUGCAGGAGAAACUCACUCGACUGGAAGCCGAAGAGGCUGGCCGGAUGGACCGCGCUGUGCGCCACGUUACGGAACAACUCGCGACUAUCACGGCCGAGCGAGAUGUGCUACGUACCAAAUGUGUGGCCAGUGAUGCCAUGCUCAAAGACAUGGAGGCAUUUCAAGCCGUCAAGAGCAACCUCGAGGCAGAACUGGCACGAUUGCAAGCGGAAAAUACGCGGAUCGAGACGUCCUGCGCCGCUCGGUUGCGCGAACUCGAAGUGAAUCAUCUCAUGCACCUACAGCGGCUGAAGCGAGAAAAGGACGACGAUGUCAUGCGAACGCGGCGCGAGAUGGAAAAGGCCAUGCUGGACGGCCUCGACGGCACGACCCGCCGAGCCGUACUAGAGAACGAAAAGCUCACCCUCGAGUUGAGCUACCAGUCGUCCAAGCUGGAAAAGAUGAUUACACAAAACGAAGCACUGAAGCGGUCAAAGGUCGAAAGCCGCAACAACACGGAUAUAUUGACGGAAAUGACAGAAACGUUGUCGAAAAAGGUGAAAUUUUAUGAAAAAUUGUUCCAAAAAAUGCACCAGAAAGAGCGCAUGGCCGUCGAACAACAGCUCGUUGCUGCCCAAACAAAAGCCAACGGACAGCGCGAGAAAGCCAACGUGCUCUUGCACGCACCAGUCAAGCCUUCACAGUUGCAACCGAGCUGUACAACCACCGAUGAUCCGAAAGGCAACAAGGGCUCAACUUGGCAAGAAGCACUCGAUUCUCACUUGGCCGAGAGGUAUAAGGCCAAACGUGGAAUCGACGUUGUCGUCCAGUACAACCAAUUUCUCCAAAAUGGAAUGGAUGCGAACGCGUCUGGAAAGUCGACAUACGCAUCAAGUCUGGCUGCACCGCCUCCACGAAUCAGUCGUCGUGCCGCACCUGUCCGUUAUGCGCCACAAGUGAUUGAAUCCAUACGACUGCCGCACAUUGUCGACACGGGCGAUAGGCAUUACAUUCCCAAGGCAGAGUACCUCGAGUCGACAUCGCCGCCCCGCCCACCGCGGCGAGCGGAUGGGUCGUACACUGCCAGGACCUAACGGAGUGCGCUGCAACGAACAUCAAUCUUUCCUCUUUUCCUUUUCCA